GCUUCACAGAGCUUCAUUACCUCUGAUCUGCAAUUUCACCAUUCUCUCCCCUCACUUGUCCUCCGGUUCCUGGUAAGGACAGACUCCCGUCUUUAUCACGAUACUCAAAUAUCCGCCAUUCGCCCAUAUCCACGGCCAAUACACAAAACCCAAAAAUAACCGACUAAAAACACCUUCCACAUAUACCUAUCACCAUGGCCGGUGGUGCAGCAAAGUAUCGCCAUCUCAGCCGUAAGUCCUCGCAUAGGCAGGCUCUUCUUCGCAACUUGGUUACUUCUCUCUUCAAACACGAGUCCAUCACAACAACAUGGCCCAAGGCCAAGGAGGCGCAACGGUUGGCUGAGAAGUUGAUCACACUGGGCAAGAAGAACACAGAAGCAAGCCGGAGACGGGCUUUGUCGGUUUUCUAUACCCCCCACGAACUCCUUCCUAAACUCUUCGGACCCCUCCGUGAACGCUACGCCGAGCGACCCGGCGGUUACACUCGGGUACUACGUGUUGAGCCCAAGAAAGACGACCAAGCAGCCAGCGCCAUCUUGGAACUCGUUGACGGACCCAAGGAUAUCCGAUUCGCAAUGACGGCACGCACCGUCGCCAGGCAACGGUCUCAAGGCAAUGACAUCCUCAAUGAGUUGACAAAGUUGAACGUACAGAAGGUGACGCGGUUCCGAAAAGACGGGGUCGAGGACCUGGAACAAGCAAUUAAGAAGUUAGAGCUUGAUGGAAAGGAAGACAAGAAGGAAACUGGAUCGAAGCAAUAGAUGCACAUAAACAAAUCCGUCGAAUUCAUGGUAGGGGUUGUUGUUCAAGGUGUGGCGAAUGGAGCACUGGACCGCUGAGUCCGGCUGGUGCUUCUGUAUCUGUACAUUUUUCCUCCAUGGUCUCAUGUCUUUACUUGUUGGUCGUUAUGAUCGUGUAAUUUUA